CGCAGCAGUACUUCCGGUUCUCCAAAUAAAAUAUUUUCGGGAACUGGCACAUCCAACCAGCACAAUGAUAGAUGUCUCUGUUAAAACGCUCGAUGGCAAAAAUCGCAGCUACUCCGUUCCUGAUGAUAUGUCUAUUGCGGAUUUCAAAAGAAAAAUUUCAGGAUCUAUCGGCAUUGAGACUGACAAACAACGUUUGAUAUUUCAAGGCAGAGUGCUACAGGAUAACAAAAAGUUGAAAGAUUAUGAUGUUGAUGGGAAGGUUCUUCAUGUGGUUGCCAAGGCGCCACCAUCCAGCAGCCAAUCAGGAGCUUCAGCUACCACAGGAGGUGGUGCAACACCAUCAGGCCCACAAGCAAGAGACCCCAACAGCUAUGUACUGGGAUCGUUCACCCUCCCCUCCGAUGUAAUGGAUGCAACUAAUGUUCAGAACAUAGUAUCACAGGUGCUCAGUGAUCUAGGGGAUGCAGGACGAAAUGCUAAUGUCACAACAAGAGCAUCACGAGACGGUUCAGCGGUUGAUGUCCAUAUUAAUCUUGGAUCAGUGGCGGCCCCUGAAGUUGUCAGUCAGUCUCGGAAUCGACUCAACCAGGCACGCAAGAUGUUGAAGCAUGCCAAGGAGUGCAUAAACAGACUAGAGAAUCCAGAUGAGCCUGCAGAAAUGGAAACAGAAGAAGCUCAAACUAACAGCAGUUCACCUACAGCUGAUGUCACAAUGUCUGAAUCUGCCACAUCUACAGCUGCCUCUACAUCCACAGCUGCAUCUACAUCAACAUCUGAAACAACUGCAUCCUCAAGCUCACAGACAGAGGGAGCAACUGGGGGUGCUACUCCUGGGGCGAGAACAACUGGGACAAAUACCGACCCGCCAAGACAACAGCCACAACCGAAUGCACCUGAAUUAGCUGCAAUAUUGAACGAGGUAUUUGAAGUGAAUAGGCGUCUCCAGCCAUUUCUCCAACAAUACCAUGAUACGAUGCAUGAGGAUGCUGAACUCAACGAUCCUAACAAUGAAGAAGAAAGUAAUUCCAAAAUCAGAAAUGCACAAAGAUUAGCCAAUAUGACGUCAGAGGCACUACAUUAUAUAAGCCACGCCUACCAUAGCAUAAGUGACAUCAUGAUUGACAUGAAUGCUCCGCCCCCAAGACCACUAAGGGCUCCCCCUGCUCCACAGUUACAACCCACUGCAGUUAUACAACAGACCAUACCAGUUCAGGCACACAUAAAUGUGAGGCAAAUGAAUGGCCAAGGUGGUGCAAGGACUAGCACCACAUCUGGUAGCACCACAUCUGGAGCCACCCCUUCUACCACCACCACAUCUAGGACGACCUCUCAGUCUACUCCACCAACCUCUAGUCAACCUUCAGCACAGGCCUCUACAGCCACAGCCUCUAGUACUACAGCCACACCAAGUGCUAGCAGUACACCACAAUACACUACAGUGGCUAGUACACCCCCCUAUGUGUAUGUUGAUGUCGGCCCAGACUCGGUGUCUGUUAACAGCCUUUCUGCUCAUGUUGUUACAACAUCAGAUGGUGACCCACCAGUUGGUACUAUAGGUGAUAUACCCCCUGGUGCACCCAUACCCCCUGGUGCUCUACCUGGUGGUGUACCCCAGAUGGGUAGUGGUCUCCCCCCUAAUGCCACCCCUAUUGUAGUUGGUAUACCAGGCGCCCCUGGAGGUGGACCCCCUAGCCAAGAUGUAGUGAACAGUAUUGUACAGGCAAUCAACCAGGCUGCUCAGAAUGCAGGAGCUCAUGUACAUGGAGUAUCUCUUGCGUCACCAUCUGGGACUACAACAAGUUCAGAGAGUGGUUCUACAACAACUUCUGCUUCAACAACAUCUAGUGCAUCUACAACAAGUAGUGCUUCUACAACAUCCAGCAGCUCAACCACACGACCUGCCCAAGGGCCCCCUAGGAUGCCAUUCCAGAUGGCUGGGAUGCCCCCUGGAAUGGUGGGCAUGCAGGGAAUGCCCCCUGGUGGCGGGUUCAUGACAUUUGGCCCUUUUCAUAUGCAGCAAGGCGGAGCAGGUCUACCGAUGUUUGGGGGACAGAUGCCCCGGGGCCAGAGGCACAUACAAGUAAGGCAUGUACGCCCUGGUCCCGUGCCCCAGCCACGCCCAAGCCCAGGGAGUACCCCAAGCUCAGGCAGCCCACCUACUCAGACUGGCCCUAGUGGGCGCCAGGCAGGGAGUGCGUCACAAACUGGAUCUAACAGUAGCCAAACACGCCCCAGACCAAGUGCAUCGGGGCAUGCGCAUGUACAUUCUGCCUCCAGCCGAUCUGGUGCCAACAACGGAGGUCAUCAUCACCAUGUACGGGGAGGGAACCAAGCAUUUGCCAUCCCUGGGCCUGGCUUUUUACCUCCAUAUCCAUCUUCCAGUGUAGUAGACAGUUUCCUUCCCUGUCAGUCGAGACAUUUCCUAGCACACAGGGCCAGAGAUACUUUGAACAGUGCGUCACAGACCAAUAAUCCUGAGGGUGGGCUUCAGAAUGUGAUGACAGAUCUGGUGUCCAAUCUUAUAGGAGGUAUAAGCCAACAGGCUACAGGAGCAGGUCAAAGCCAUCCACAACAAGCCAGUAGCACUACGACACCUACCACUAGCACUGAGACUAGACCAGCUAAUCCAUUUGCUGGCCUAUUCCAAUCAGGCCCAAUGCAAGCGCCAACUGGGCAACAGGGAAGCAGUAGAGCUGGCAGCCAAGGGUUCCUAGAUCAACUUAGAGGAGUUCUCAGAGAUGGAAAUCCACGGUCUCCAGAGGUCCCCAGGAAUGAACCUGCAGCCCCCGCAGCUGAUGGUAGCGAAACACAGGCCCCACCCCCUGUCAUGUCAGAUGAGCUCUUUGCACAGAUGGUGUCGGGAAUUGGCAACUAUGUAACGCAGGCUUCUGUCGGUAACCCCUCCCAAGACACUAUUCUAGACUUUGUAGGUUCACUCGGGCAGAGAUACAAUAUCAGCCAGGGAGAAGGUCUAUUGAAUGACAUAUUCAACCAUGUCGGGAGAUACCUGACUUUUCCUGAUGUUAUGCAAGUGUUUCUAGGCAACCCAGCCCCCCUGCAGGCUCUAUGCACUCCCCUGCAGGAGUUCAUUAAGGAGAAGAUUCUCAAAGGAGAAGAGCCAAGUCCUGAGAAUAUUGAAGCAGCUGUUAAGAGAAUCGUAGAUGGUAUGCAGGCUGAAAUACAAAAUAUGUGUGAAAAUGUGGAAGUUAAGGAUGACAUUGACUUCCAGGCUACUGUUUCUGAGUUUUGUCGACAUCAACUAACAGCAACCGUUAGGAUGAUCUUGAAUUCGUCUCCCACUGACCCCAACUUUGGAAAUAGCUUGUUUGAGAGAUGCCGAUGCGUAAUACACGAAGCAGUGGUCCUCGGAAGAUAUUGUCUCCAAGGGGGUAUGUCUGGUGUAGAGGCAUUGCUCAACAAUAGAAUGGUAAGAUAUUGUCUCCAAGGGGGUAUGUCUGGUGUAGAGGCAUUGCUCAACAAUAGAAUGGUAAGAUAUUGUCUCUAAGGGGGUAUGUCUGGCAUAGAGGCAUUGCUCAACAAUAGAAUGGUAAGAUAUUGUCUCCAAGGGGGUAUGUCUGGUGUAGAGGCAU